AUGAGUCAAGAAAUCACGUUGGUUGCACAAGAUCCAGAUUUACUCAACUUUCAAAUGGAUUAUAAUGUAAGUUACUCUAUUAAAAUGUCUUUUUUGCUUUUAUAACUUGUUUUCAAAGUGCAUUAUACUGUAAAUUACGACAUAGUAUAAGUUUUUUUACUUCAAUGUUUUUUAGCUGAUUGUCACAUACAUUCAUCCAUAUUGCCUGGACAACAAACUGAGAGUUGGCGACCGGUUGAGUCAAGUUGAUGGUACUAAAGUCAGCUCUAUUCACGAUCUGCCUGAUCACGUUAUCUGUCGUGUUCAUUUUAAAACUACAAGGUAAUGGAGGUGCUCCUACGAUUAUAUGUUUCUCUUUUUGCACGAUACUUACCUAUUUUUCAUAGUUUUUGAAAUGGCAUUAGGUAUAAUAUAGAACUGGUCUUAGUCUAAUCUCUUCUACUGUAACUUUUGUACUUUAAGGUUAAUAUUUCUACGUGAAUCGACCGAGAAAUCGCCAUUAAAAGAAGGCAAAGAAGGGAAGAAAAGUCAACAAGACGAUGCGAGCAAGCUGGUUGUACCGAGUAAUACGUUGACCAGUACUACCUUGACAUUUGACAUUCAUUCCAACAAAAGUGCUCGGUUUGGAUUGGUACGUUUUCUUAGUUUAGACAUCUAUUAGCUGUAUCGUCGAGAUAUUUGCAAAAAAUUUUGAACCUUAUUUAAAAAACUGGUAUUUUAUUUAUUUUUUUUCCCAUAUGGUGCAAUUUUAAAAAAUAUUUAGUUUAUAAUAGUAAUCUUUAAGGUUUUGAAAGAGAAGAAGUCGUCAGUGUAUGUUUACCGUACUGCCAACUGUAGUUUGAGUUGCUUUUAUUUCUACGCUGGCGACAGAAUCGUUGAAGUCAAUGGAACCAAACUGGAAGGUGUCGAUCACGCCAAGAAAGUAUUUGCUAAAGUAAGUUUGCAUUAACCUUACCUUUGUUUUUAUUUUUUUCAAAAAUAAUGCCAGGUAUGAAGUAGAGCUGUCCUCGUAAAGUAUUGUAUGGGGCAAAAAGGUGUUAUGCAUGUCAUAUUGCAUAGUUAAUGAUAUUUUAUAGGCGUUCGAAUCUACAAAACCGAUCAAGAUCACUUUGGAGCGAACUGAAGGUCUCGAUGAUAUGCUGGCUCUGUCCUCGAUUGUGGUAGAAUCAGAUGACAAGAAGACGAUCACAAAAGAUUGA